AUGGACAGCACCAUAAAGGAAGCCCUCUCGGUGGUGAGCCAGGACCAGAUCAUAUUUGAUGCGGCGUUCGCUCCGUCGUCGCUGCUGCAGAUGAAGGCGGAGCUAACGCAGACCCCGCCCCCUGCAGAGAGCGAGUGGACCUCCCCCAAGAGGAACCAGCACCAGGUCAACGGCUCCAGCCGCGAGUCUCCGGUGGACUGCAGCGUGACCAAGCGUUCAAGACACAUCAGCAGCGAUGGCUCCAUGUCCUACCAGCCCUACAGCCCCCAGACCUCCACCCCCAGCUCUCCUCCGGGGGGUAGAGGCAUGACCUACACCACCACCAGCUCUCCACCGGGAGGAAGAGGGGGCAUGACGACCUACCCCAACUCCACCUCUCCUUUGGGGGGUCGAAGCGGCAUGACGUACCCAACCUCCAGCUCACCUUUGGGGGGGAGAGGAGGCAUGAUGUACCCCAGUUCCAGCUCUCCCUCAGGGGACAGAUCCAUGCAGUACCAGCCCUACAGCCCCCAGAACACUCAGAGCACAGCCGCACAGAACCACAAUGCAAGCACUCCACCAGGGGGCAGCACGGAGGAGAAGAGGGUCAUCGUACCUGCAGACCCAGAGGUGUGGAGCCAGGAGCACGUGCGGCAGUGGUUGGACUGGGCCAUAAAGGAGUACAGUCUGCAGGAGGUGGACCCGCUGCUGUUCCAGGGGCUGGAUGGGAAGUCUCUGUGUAAGAUGACCAAGGAUCACAUGAUGAGCCUCACCUCGCCCUACAACGCAGACAUCCUACUGUCUCACCUCAACUACCUCCAGCAGAGCAGUCCCACCUUCUCGUACCCGUCGGCUCCGGCUCCCAGUGCGUCUCAGCCACGACUGCAGGUCAAAGCAGAGAGUGGAUUUGACGAGGCGACGAGAAGGAACAGCUGGUCCGGCAGCAUGGCCCCAGGGCCCAAAGAACACAGCAGAGUGACGGAACCAGCUCCCAGAAUCAUCCAAGAUCCUUACCAGACGUUAGGACCUCUCAGCAGUCGACUCGCAAACCCAGAGCUCAGGGGCAGAAGCAGGGCCAGACAGCAGCUCCCCGACAGCUCUCAGAGGCCUGUGGGCUCGGGGCAGAUCCAGCUGUGGCAGUUCCUCCUGGAGCUCCUCUCAGACAGCGGCAACUCCACCAUCAUCACGUGGGAAGGCACCAACGGCGAGUUCAAGAUGACCGACCCUGACGAGGUGGCCAAGCGCUGGGGAGAGCGCAAGAGCAAGCCCAACAUGAACUAUGACAAGCUGAGCCGCGCCCUGCGAUACUACUACGACAAGAACAUCAUGACCAAAGUGCACGGCAAGAGAUACGCCUACAAGUUCGACUUCCAGGGCAUCUCCACGGCGCACCAGAGCCACUCCGCGGAGGGGAACCUGAAGUACCAGAGCGACAUGUCCUACAUGCCCCAGUACCACAGCCACCAGCCCAAGGGCGCGUACGUGUCGGCCCACCCCGCCUCCGUGCCCGUGUCCCCGGGGGGCUUCUUCAGCGCCUCGCCCUACUGGAGCUCCAACGCAGCGCUGUACCCCGGGACCCCCAUGCCCCGACACCCAGGCGGGCACCUCAGCUCCUACUACUGA